GGACAUGGAAGAGGAAGCAGAUGCGCCCCCUGAAGCACAGGUGAAAGGGCCAGAGCAAUCGGAGCAGUUGGAGCAGUUGGAGCAGCCUGAGUUGAAAGAGGAACCCGAGGAACCCGAGGAACCCGACGAAGACGAUGGGCUGUCACAGGAUGGAAAGGAGGCAGUCAAGCUCGAAGGUGCUUGGCAACAAUUGGAGGGUACACCGCGGACGCAAGCAUGCCCCAAGUUCUUGGUUUGGAAUGAGUAUGGCCAUGUAGCCAGCUAUCCGGACUUGCUUCGUGUGGAGAUUCACCGCAAUGGGGAGGAGAAGUCCCAGGUGAUCAAGGACUACGAUAGCUUGCAGCUUGCGGCUGUAUCGGAAGGUGUGGUUAUCCUGGCUUCAACAAGCAGUUCUCCAACUGGGGCACGGAUACAACUCCGGCCCACGCAACGUUGGGAGAAGGCUGUCUUCUCUGCUCCAUUGGGCCACAGCAAUGAGAGUCCAGAAGCCAUUGCAUCAGGCCAAGACUUUGUUGCUGUAUUGACGUCCAGCCGCUUACUUCGCCUGUACACCUUCAGCGGCUUGCCUCUGGGGCUUUUGAGCAUGCCUGGGCAAAGUGUUGCUCUGUCAGCGCGCGGAUCAUUGCUUUUGGUGGUCACGCGUGUGCCAGGUGGUGAGGAGGAUGAGUUAGAGUUUCGCUUGCUUGAUACCAAGUCCAGGUCCGAGCGCAGUGCCGGGCAUUUGCCCCUCAGCGAGGGAGCGCUCCUCCGCUGGGUGGGCUUCACUGAAGAGAUGGUGCCGGUGGCGAUUGACACUAUGGGAGUUGUUCGCGCUUUGCUGGGCGCGGGUGCUGGAAACUGGGGCUCCCACCACUUGGGUGGUGAGUGGACACAAUUGCUUUCGUUGGACACUGAAGAAUGUGAGCUGUGGGCCGUCAACGCCACAAGCAAUGGCCUGGUGGUAGUUGAAGUGGAAACAGAGCCCUGUCCACCACAUGCCAAGGUCAUCGCUGGAGAAGUCCAUACUGCAGCUGCAGAGUUUGGAUUUGGAGGCUUAAAGCCGACGAGGGCGAUCCCUUGGUUUAUGCCACUUGGUGCAUUCCCUUCUGGCGGAGAAGCCAUUGAGUUUACCUUCCAGGAGCAGUUGUUGCUACGACACCAGCAGGCUUUGCUGACGUCCAACUUGCAAGAUUCCUCCAGAGUAGAGACCGUGGAGAAGAAAUACAAAACAUCUGUUCUCAAGCUGUUCACUCACUUCGCAAAAUCCGGGGAGGUAGAACGUGCUCAUCACGUGGCUCAGUUCUAUUUGGCAAAGGUGAACGGUGGGGACAAGGUGUUGGAAAUGGCGUGCAAACUUGCCGAGAGCGCUAAGCAAUACAAGCUGGCUGAUGAGAUUACUUCGCUCUGUAACAAGAGGAUGGAGAGCCUUGGAGUUCCACCAGCUCCAGCAGCUCCAGCAGCUCCAUCAGCUCCACCUCUGUUUCGGCCUGGAGAGUUUGAGGGAAAGCAGACGGAUGCCAAGACUCCGACAUUGUCAACUGCAGAGCCACCAAGCGCACCAAGCGCACCAAGCGCACCAAGCGCACCAAGUGCACCAAGCGCACCAGCCGUGGAUGCUGCGGCAAGAGCCGAGACAAAGUCAGCGACCUCGGCUGCCUCGGCUGCCUCACCUGCAAAAACUGGAGAAAAGCUGCAGAAAGAGGCUGAGGUGGCAGCUCCCCGGGUGCAGUCCAAUCCGUUCUUGCGAAAGCGGCCCAACCAGGCUGCGAACGGAGCUCGACAGCCUGCCACACCAAUGGCCAGCGGUAGCCCAGCUUCGAAGAUUCGCCGAACGUGAGUUUCAGAGUGUGACUCCAAGCGUAGCUGCUCAAUGCACUUGCCAGAGCAGGCAGUGUUCCAAAAAGAGCACCCAAGAUAGGAGGUUUGACUUGCAGUCAAACUGCUCUUUGUUUCACCGCGUGGAGUGUGGGGAUCAAGGCUUUCAAGCGGUCCUUGCCUCAAGUGGGUUGACACUUUGGCUUGCACUAAGCCAACAUGUCAUUGGGAGAUAUUGGGAGUACAUGUCAAUGUACAGAUGGCGUCAGAUGGCAUCAGUCUGGGGGAGACUGUCAAGUCCAUCGUUUGUGGGGCAUCGCUGGAAUCAGUAUUAAGUAUGCCAAAAAA